AUGGAAGAACUUCUUCUCUGCGAUCAAAGCAGUCUACGGACCGCCGACGAAGGGAACUGCUCUCUCCUCAGCGCUGACGGCAAAACUCUCCUGACUGAGAAGACGCAAAUCCUACAGCGAUGGGCCGAGCACUUCCGAGGCGUCCUCAACCGCCCCUCUGUCAUCUCCAAUGCCACCAUUGCCCGUCUGCCGCAAGUGGAGACCAACGUGGAUCUCGACCUCCCGCCAUCUCUCCAGGAGACCAUCAGGGCCGUGCAGCAGAUCUCCAGCGGGAAAGCACCCGGAUCGGACGUAAUCCCUGCUGAGGUCUACAAGCACGCAGGUCCCCAACUGAUGGAUCACCUGACUGCGUUCUUCUAAGAGAUGUGGCGUCAAGGUGAAGUCCCGCAAGAUUUCAACGACGCAACCAUCGUGCAUCUCUACAAGCGCAAAGGGAAUCGCCGAGUCUGCGACAAUCACCGCGGCAUCUCCCUGCUGAACAUCGUCGAGAAGAUCUUCGCCCGCAUCCUUCUCAAUCGCCUCAAUAACCAUCUGGAACAGGGCCUUCUGUCGGAAAGCCAAUGCGGCUUCCGUCGUCAUCGUGGGACCACGGAUAUGAUCUUCGCCGCCUGUCAACUUAAGGAGAAGUGUCAGGAGAUGCGGACCCACCUGUACUCUACCUUCGUGGACCUGACGAAAGCCUUCCACACGGUGAAUCGUGAAGGACUGUGA